CAUCGAUGGACGAAUAUUUACUAAUACCUCUACUGAGUGUUUCAUAACACAAAAUGCAGGCUACCUUGUGUGACCAUUUUUUUUUCAUUUCACUCUUUAUCUUAUUUCUCUCACACCCAUUUACUUAUUAAACAUGCUUAUUUAAAAUAUGCAGGCGUAUAAAUUAUUAAGCUUGCUAACUGGAUUAAGCUAGUGAGGAGGGGCGUCGCACGUGCAGGCCAGCUCCAGCGGUCGUUAAUUAAUACAGUUGGCUUUCAGGUGUGUUUUCUGUAAUGUGUCAAAACAGAUGUGUACGUCUGGACGUUUUUUCCCCCCCUUUUUACCAUAAAAUUAGAUAUGAAGUAUGAAGGAAAAUGCAGAUAAUUCAGCAGAGUUGGAUUCAAAACCGACUGAAAAGACGGCUGCUUCCUCAGCAAAAGAUAUCAAGGACGCUGCAGCUCUCCAGUGUACAGCAAGUGAGACUUUCCACAUCUGACACCAGUUGAGUUGAAGGAAAUGAUAAUCACAGGCAAAGAAGCCAAACAGUCUUGCUGUGCUCUUUCAGCAUUUGACCUGAGACCACUACUAUACAUGCAUUUGGACUGGUAAAAAAAAUGAAAGCUCCGAUUCCUCUUCUGAUCCUGCUUCACGCUGUUGUGGUCCAUUGCCUGAAGGUGGUGUCGAAGAGAGGCUCAGUGGAGGGCUGCACGGAUUGGUCAGUGGACUACCUGAAAUACAAGGUGCUUCUGGGGGAACCUGUACGGAUUAAGUGUGCUUUAUUCUAUGGAUAUAUACGGGCCAACUACACCCAUGCGCAGAGCGCAGGACUUAGCCUUAUGUGGUACAAAAGUGCAGGACACGGGGACUUCGAAGAACCCAUCAGUUUUGACGGCACAAGGAUGAGCAAGGAGGAGGAUGCCAUAUGGUUUCGACCAGCAGAAUUGGACGAUAUGGGUUACUAUUCCUGUGUAUUAAGGAACUCCACAUACUGCAUGAAGGUGUCCAUGUCUCUCACAGUGGCAGAGAAUGACACGGACCUCUGCUACAACUCCAAAAUGAGGUUCUUUGAGAAAGCAGAACUAAGCAAGAGCAAAGACAUCACCUGCACGGGCAUUGAGGAUUAUGUACAGCCGGGAGUGGAGCCUGAGAUUGUGUGGUACAAGGAAUGCAAGCCAAAGCAGUGGAGACAAACCAUAGAAAGGAGGAGGGACACUUUGGCUAUCAAGGAAGUACGGGAAGAUGACAUUGGGAAUUACACCUGUGAAUUACAGUUUGGAAACUUUGUGGUGCGGAGGACUACUGAGCUGUCUGUCACAGCUCCCCUGACAGACAAGCCGCCAAAAAUCCUGUUCCCUUCAGAGAGCCAGAUGAGCAUCAUAGAGAUGGCGAUAGGAAGUCCCGUCAACUUGACGUGCAGAGCCUUCUUUGGAUACAGCGGAGACGUCAGCCCGCUCAUCUACUGGAUGAAGGGGGAGAAGUUCAUUGAGGACCUGGACGAGGAGCGGGUCCAGGAGAGUGAGAUCAAGACAAUCCGGGAGCACCUGGGUGAGCAGGAAGUUUCCAUCUCCCUGACAAUAGAUUCCCUGGAGGAGAGCGACCUCGGCAACUACUCGUGCUACGUGGAGAAUGGCAACGGGCGGCGACAGGCCAACAUCCAGCUCACCAAGAAAGCAGAGCUGAUGUACACGGUGGAACUGGCUGGGGGUCUGGGAGCCAUCCUGCUGCUGCUGAUCUGUCUGGUCACACUGUACAAGUGUUACAGGAUCGAGCUCAUGCUCUUCUACAGGAACCACUUUGGCAGUGAGGAUAUAGACGGAGAUAACAAGGACUACGACGCUUACCUGUCCUAUACCAAAGUGGACCCGGACCAGUGGAGCCAGGAGACCCGGGAGGAGGAGCGCUUUGCCUUGGAGAUCCUCCCCGACGUGCUCGAGAAGCAUUAUGGGUAUAAACUCUUCAUACCAGACAGGGACUUGAUCCCCACAGGAAGUUUCACCAAUGAUCAUUUCCAGGAUGACACAAGACUACUUAGAGCCUACAUCGAGGACGUGGCGCGCUGUGUGGACCAGAGCAAGCGCCUCAUCAUUGUCAUGACGCCCAGCUAUGUCGUGCGGAGGGGGUGGAGCAUUUUUGAGCUGGAGACGCGGCUGCGCAACAUGCUGGUGACCGGCGAGAUCAAGGUCAUCCUGAUCGAGUGCGCCGAGCUGCGCGGCAUCAUGAACUACCAGGAGGUGGAGGCCCUCAAACACACCAUCAAGAUGCUGACGGUCAUCAAGUGGCGCGGGCCGUCCAGCAACAAGCUCAACUCCAAGUUCUGGAAGCAGCUCCUCUACGAGAUGCCCUUCAAGCGCAUGGAGCCCCUGAGCAUCUCCCACGAGCAGGUGCUGGACGUCAGCGAGCAGGGCCCCUUCAGUGAGCUCCAGACCGUCUCGGCCAUCUCCAUGGCGGCGGCCACCUCCACCGCCAUGGCAACGGCACACCCGGACUUGCGCUCCACCUUCCACAACUCUUGCCACACCCAGAUGAGGCAGAAACACUAUUACCGUAGUUACGACUACGACCUGCCGCCCGGCGGGACGCUCCCGCCCCUCUCCACGCUAGGCAACCAGCACACCUACUGCAACAUCCCCAUGACGCUCAUCAACGGACAGCGGCCGCAGUCCAAGUCGCCGCGUCAGCAGAGCCUUGAGGAGGCCCACGGCAACAACGCCAUGCUGCCACUGCUGCCCAGAGAGACCAGUAUAUCCAGCGUCAUCUGGUGACAGAGACGGUGCCGGGCGGGAUAGACUGUGGAGCUACACGAUGUCCGUCACAGGGAGGACUCACCACUGGCACUUGGACCCUGAAUGCACCAGAGCCAGAUGGACCCGAAUGGCACUAAAGCUACUUGCUGCUGUUUGAAUUUGCACCAGGAAAACACCAGGGGGA